CGACAUAGCAUCUACGAUGUGUACCAAAAAGCUAAGGAGAGGCGCAUCGCCCUGCAAAGGAAGUACUGGGUGCAAUUACUUUUCGAAUACACAGUGUAUAUCGUCCUCCUGGCCUUCGUUUACUUCGUCUUGAUUGGAAUGCCCCUCUGGCGUGGUGCUGUCUGGUGGCUCUACUAUGUGGUCCGGACCAAUUACGCAUUUGCACCCUUACUGGUACUCUUCGAAAAAAACCCACCUCCAGUGGACAACCAAACAGAGAAGGACAUUGAACAGAAUCGGAACACGGCAAAAAGCACCGCCCUGUUAAUCCCAUGCUACAAAUCCGCCAACAUAAUCGGACCGACGCUUGAUGCCGCCCUAAAAAUCUUUCCACCGGAAAACAUCUUUGUGAUUGCGAAUGGAAACUCUCCCGAGCCGCUGGACAACACCGAAGAGGUCUGCCGCCCUUAUGGGGUCAAUCACCUCUGGUGUCCAGUUGGAAGCAAGAUCAUUGCACAGUUUGUCGGAUGUUACGCAGCCAAGGACUUUCCUUACGCUCUGCUAAUUGACGAUGACUGCGCAUUGCCCCCCAAUUUCCCCGUCGUGAGUGACCGGUUGAAGGGCCGUGUUCAGUGUGUUGGCUAUACCAUCAAGAGCGUCGGACCUGAAUCCUCGCGCGGGACACUAUGUCAACAAGCCCAAGACCUUGAAUAUAAGAUCUCUGGUCUUCAACGUGCAUUCGCCGGCUACCUGGGCAGUGCGACUUUUCCGCACGGGGCUAUCUCUAUCUGGAAGACGGACUUUCUCAAACAAACCUUCCACGAUCACCCGGGUUUCUCGGUGUCAGAAGAUUGGUUUUUUGGUGACAGCUGCCGUCGGCUAGGUGGUCGCAUCACCAUGUGCUCGUCUGUCUUUGUUGAAACAGAGACUCCGUCCGCCGUUUUCUUCAGCCGGGGCGGUUCUCGCGGUGGCUUCGGCGAGAUGACCAUCUUCAAGCAGCGAUUCACUCGCUGGAACUUCUUCUUCGUUAACGGCAUGUGGUUCAAUAUGAAAUACAUUCUAUGCAGUUGGAGUCUUGGGUGGUGGGAAUUGGGGGCCAAGCUCUUCGUUUUCCAGGAGGUUUACGAAACGCUACUUUACCUACUCGCCCCUUUUAUCCUGCCAAUCUCCUUCGUCGUCCAGCCCUCAUUCUGCGGCAUCAUGCUUGGUGCCACUAACGGCUUAUAUUUCCUAAACGUCAUCAUCUUCAACCUGGUCCACCUACGCAGGAAGAAUGAAUCUGUCGGUUGGAUAUGCUUACUGGUCUACUACAUGCCGUACAAGAUCGUCCUGUUCAUAAUCAACGUCGUCAGCUGCUACUGGUCACUUUUCAAGUACGCCCGAUACUUUGCCACCAGACACCCCAAGGUUAUCGAAGACGACAAGGCUGUUGAGACUGAAGAGAAGGGCUCGGGCCUUGGACGAAGCUUCUCGGUGACCAAGGUCAGGGCAAGAAAGGCUAGUAACCAGGGCCCGAGCCCCACUGUCCCCGAGGCUGUUCCUGUUGUUGGGAUUGAGAGUAGUUGGGUUUGA